UCUCGGCGAUGUAACACACCGACAGCUUUCAGGACGCACGGGAAAUAAUGCUCUGGCUACUUUAUUAUUUGUGCGCUACAACAAAAAGCACUCUGGCUUGUUUUUAACUCAACUAAUUGUUGCUUUUCAGUCAAGAAACCGUCCCUGCACGCUUUAAAUUGCAUCUCUGCAGCAUCUUUGCAGAGCAGUCUCUGUUGCCGAUUCCUUUUUCUCCGGCUGCAUUUCUUGGGGCCAUCGACGAACCGGACACGGGGCUCGCAUAUUUGGGCUCCGGCACCUCCUCCGGGAUUAGCGAACGGUUUCAUUCAUCAUUUGCAUGGAGUGAAUAAUUAGGCGGAGAAACUUCAGAUCAUUCCUUCACCCGUGCACGAGCGUCUCGUGCAUGGAUUCAGGUUGAUGCGAGUUAUUAAAAGGCGUCGUGGAGCCAGAGCAGAGGCUCCUGUGCAGAUGAGUGUAAAGCCGUCCUCUGCGGACGCGGCGCUGUUCACCUGGAAUACCUGAAGCUCUCCCAUGACACGCAUCUGCAUCAACUUGCCAACACUGUUGCAUGUUUUCGCAGCUGAAAUGUCGGCCCCAGUGGCCUAGAUCUAUUUUUUAUAUAUGAUCGGUCGCUAUUGAUUCAAAGCCCUGAGUGUCAGAAACUCUCAGCAGCUGAUUUACACGCGCACUACUGGCCCCUCGAGAGGAUGCUGCCUGUCGCGCAAUGAUGCCCGGCACUCGGUGGAUUUUCUGAUCAGGAUGACAUUUGGUUGAAAAACUCGUGGACGCAAAACACAGAAACAACUAUCUCAUUUUUGUUUGCACCAAGAAGCUGCACCAAGAUCCGACCUCCGCCGAACUAGACUCUCGGUUUUUCAGACUCGGUUCGGGGAGAUGGCCGCGAUCGCCAGCUCCCUGAUCCGGCAGAAACGCCAGGCGAGGGAGUCGAACAGCGACCGGGUUUCUACUUCGAAACGUCGCCCCAGCCCGAGCAAAAAAGACCCCCGCUCUAUCUACGAGAGGCAUUUCUUGGGGGUCUUCAGCAAAGUCCGUUUCUGCAGCGGCAAGAAAAGACCCGUUCGGCGGCGACCAGAUGCACCCUCGAAACCUCCACAGGUGUCCCAUAAGGGCUGCAGGCUAGAGCCGCAGCUGAAAGGCAUCGUGACACGACUGUUCAGCCAGCAGGGCUUCUACCUGCAGAUGAAGCCGGAUGGAACCAUCGACGGCAGCAAGGACGAGAACAGCGACAACACUCUGUUUAAUCUUAUUCCUGUGGGGCUGAGAGUGGUGGCCAUCCAGGGACUGAAGAGUGGCUUAUACAUUGGCAUGAAUGGCGAGGGCAUGCUUUACAGCUCGGAGAUGUUCACGCCGGAGUGCAAGUUCAAAGAGUCCGUUUUUGAAAACUACUAUGUGAUCUACUCGUCCACUGUGUUCCGGCAGCAGGAGUCGGGCCGGGCCUGGUUCCUCGGCCUCACCAAGGACGGGCAAGUCAUGAAGGGCAACCGCGUCAAGAAGACUAAACCCUCGUCACACUUUGUGCCCCGGCCCAUCGAAGUUUGUAUGUACAGGGAGCCGUCAAUGCAUGAGAUUGAGGAAAAGCAGCGCUCCAGGAAGAACUCAGGGACCCCCACCAUGAACGGAGGGAAAGCUGUCAAUCAGGACUCCACAUAGCAGCGGGGGGAGUGGCCUCCCCCCCAAAUCCGCACCACCUUCCCCUCUGAAACAAAAAGGGGGCGUUGCGACGAGGAGGAGCUACUACUGUACACCCAAGAAAACAAACUGAACUCUUGCCUGUGAAAACCUUUUAGAAGAAUUAAUAUGAAACCAGAGGAUAUAUAUAUAUAUGAAAAAUCAAACAUUUUCAAUCAGGACUUGACCAACAUUUUAUGCAAAAAAAAGAGAAAAAGCUGUGAUAAAUAAAUAAAUGGUGGUCUCUCUCUUCACACAAAUAUCUAUCAUUUCCAAUUUAUGCUGUGAAAAACAAGCUUUAAUACAUGUACAAUUUUCAUACAAUGGUUUCUUUUUCUAAAUGCUAUUGCACCCUCAUAUGCUUAACCGUCUUAUUGUUCUCAGUAAUAGCUGUAACAUCUUCAUCAUUACUAAUCUGUUGUAUCUUGUCAUCCCAGUUACUAUCAUGGUAAUUCUGGCUUUCUUUUGUUUUUGAGACGAGAGAAAGUAAUUUAUUUUCAAUUACUCAGAUGUUUUCUCUCUCAUAGUUUGAUCUUGAAUGCACUGUCACACUACCUGCUUUGGUGUGGGGGUAAGAAUGAAUGCAUUUGAUAGUUCUCUGUGUUGGACUCCAAUGGAAACAGAGCGCUUAGGUUGGGAUGUAAUUUACUCAGGUGUGAACUGUAAGCGGGACUAAUAGGACAGAUAGGGAUGUUUCAAGUAUUCAAACAUGGACUCCCCUCCCCUGUUAUGCAAUGACGAGACAAGACUGAUUCAAGCAAUAUAAUAGAGAGCAGUCUAGUAUGUCUCUUAAUAAUAGUAAUAAUAAGCAGACGACACAUCCCUGUGGUAAGUGUGUUUGUCAAAGAAAGUUGUACAGGUAGGUAAAAGUCUGAGUCAAAGGAAAGCUGUUUUGAUAUCGAUCGCUUCAAUAUACUCUUUAACAUUUGCAAUGAUUAUUCGGUUCUAAAGUAAAGAGAUGUCCAACAUUGUCAAAAAAAAUAAAAUAACAGUAUUCUCUCCAAUAGCAAAGGAGAAGAUAUUGACCAGCAUCAGCACUAUGAGCCAUGGCCAAAAAACGGUCAUUUCACAUUUACACCUCAAGAAACACAGACCAAUGUCUCUGAUGUUUGCUAGGCUAAUACAACAACAACUCUCAAAAUAUAACCAUGUAACAGUAAUAAUGCCUUUGAAUAUAUGGACUAAAGUGUUCUCCUGUUUUUUUCUAAGCAAGAGAAGGAAUGAAAGUUGUUUUGGCAGGCCCGGCAGUGAGGAUACGUGUUGAUUAGUUUUCAAGACUAUUUCUGUUACCUUUACUCUGAGAGCAUUAGAGAUUUUCUCAACACUGGAGGACAGGGUGCCUGACUGUUUAAUAAUCCACUGACCUGACUUGGUGAUGUUUUCAAUAUAGUUCAUAACCAUUAAGACUUCCCAUCACAAUGUAGCAGAAUGUCUCAUUGAGGAGCCAGUUCGUCUUGAUUUAGCCAGGUUAGGGGGGGGGGAUAUCUUACCAUUCCCGUGAGAGUACCUUAUCGUUUGUUUUUCCUGACAUGGUAACCAAUAGAUUCUCCACCCCCCUGGUUUUGUGACCCAUGAAAUGAGCCAUUUGCUGCAUUGUGAAGGAAGCUUCUCUUUCAUAAAUCAACAUGCUGACAGGGCUGUAUAAACAAGGUGAAUUGACUGGUACACCGUGUACGAUGCAUAGCUCAUUUCUAAUCCCCAAUUAGUUUGUCUAACUCAGGAAGUCCUACAAAUUGUUCCGCAGAUGGGGCCAGACAUAAAGGCUGGCCGCUUCUUGUCCAGCAGCCGUUGCACAAAGCCUGGCCACCGAUGGGGUGUUUAGGAAGGGUCGGGACGAGGUCGAUGGUGUUUUUAUUAUUAGAGGUGGUGUACAGCUAAGCUAGCUAGUUUAGGAAGAGGGAUACAGGAGCCGAGACAAAGCAUGAGCAUCGCAUGACUUUAGGAGUUAAUUUUGGUUAGAUUUUGAGGUGAGAACUUGAUUCAAAUUCGGGGAGAAUAGGUCCAGAACUUUUAUAUGCAACAUUUUGAUCAGUAUUUUAGUGAGAGUUUGUAUGUCUCUCCUAUAUCUGGUUGGAAAACAUAUGCUAAGUUGGUGGUAUGUACAGUAAAUAGCACACAUUCAGUUGCACAGAGAAACCGCAGUGGUAUAUUAUCAUAGAUCUGGUGUUCUACCUUGGGUAUGGAUUCUAAGCUGGUACGAGUUACCUGCGAUAGCUAACGGUAGACUAGUUCAACUCACCUACAGCAUAACAUUGAUACUUACAGUAUAUCAGACGUGACACUGGAAGUCAACAGGCAAGACCAGCAUAUAGAAACAUCUUUUUAUAGAGGUUUAUUUUGGUGCAAAUGAAAAUACAUGUGGACUCAAAGCAAUGCAUGAAAUUGGAUGUACUCGAUGUCAACUGUUGGCAGCAGGAUGAGAGGAUUUGAGAAAGGGAUGACUAAAGCAAGGCGGUAUAAAUAUUUGAUGUGUGAGAGUGGUAAAGGAAUGCACUUUUUUGUGGGGGGGGGGUUAUUGAUGUAUGAAAGGGUGACCAAAGGCUUAGGUUGUACGUGAUAUUAAGUAUCAUUUAUUAUUUUUAUGUUUGCAGAUGAUUUCACUGCAUUGGAACACGCUCAUAUAUGCAUUAUGAAUUGUGAGAUGAAAUAAAAAAUAUGCAUUGAUAAUAAAAUCAGAAUGAAGUUAGUGAUUGUUUAAGAAUAAAGACUAUGUUAUCAAAAACG